AUGCGGACUAUCAAGCUCGUCGUUAUCGGCGCUUCGGGCGUAGGCAAGACUUCUUUGCGUGGUCAGUACAUAUCAGGUCGCUUUUCCACCGGCUACCGCGCAACAAUCGGUGCAGAUUUCAUCACCAAAUCCCUUCCUGACCCAAAUAAACCAACCGAGGCCAUCUCUCUUCAAAUAUGGGAUACCGCAGGCCAAGAACGCUUCUCAUCCCUCUCUUCCGCGUUCUUCCGCGGCGCAGAUGCUGUCCUACUCAUGUUUGACGUCAGUGCACCUGAUACUAUGUACGCGCUCACGAAAUGGUGGAAGGAGUUCAAGCACCAAGCACCGGUCAGCGAUGAAGAGGCUGAUAACUUUUGUUGCGUGGUCGUUGGGAAUAAAAUGGAUCUGUUGCAGCCUGGGAUGGGCAUCACUGCGGAAGAAGCGAAGAAAUUCGUGCAGGAACUUGUGCCUAUUCCUGAACCAGAGCCUAUAGAGGGAGAAAUCGUGGUAGAAGACAUUGGUUCAGGGGAAGACGAAGAUACUAUUCUCGAGCACGAGCACGAACAUGCAUACGAAGAUGAUACAGAUCCAUCUCUCCUCGCCCCUUCCGCACGAAUAGACAUUCAAAACCACCGCAAACUCUCAAAAUCUCGUUCCCCCUCACGUACACCCCACACCAGCACAUUUUUAUAUGGAACAUUCCGCUCCGGCUUAACCUCUUUUCAUACCCCCUCUUCCUCCCUAUCUGAUGUAUAUACAAGCGCACGGUCAUCUCCGCUUCCUGGGUCUCGAUCUGAAUCACCGGUACGAGUGAGGAGAAUGACGAGUUUGUCUAGUACGACUACUACGACUUCUUCUUCGUCUGCGCUUACUAUCACGCCGAGUCUAUUCACGAAGGGCCAACGUUCGCAUACACCACCUACCCCACCUCAAUUAGACCCAGACCAACCUCUUUCCUUCACUCUCCCAGACCCACCAGACACAGGCCCAAAGCUCUUCUUCACAUCCGCAAAGACAGGAACGGGUGUUAGUGACGCAUUUGAGUAUAUCGUAGAGCGGGUGGUGAAGAAGUGGGAGUAUGAAGAGGCUGCGGAGGCAAGAACGUCUCAUGUGAGGAGUGAGAGUGAUGGGGAUACGAUUAGGUUGGGGUUAGGGUUGGAGGAUGGGAAGAAGAAGUGGAAUGCCCCGGGUGUGUGUUGUGGGCAAUAG